GUGGAAGCUGACGUCCAUCGAGCUAUGGUGUCCGUCCUCGACUCGGAGGCUCAUUUUGAGCGCAAAGCCAAGGAAGCAGGGAUCACAGAUCCCAAUGUGGUGGUGAGUGACCCAGACGCAUCCAACAAGCAGAAAAUGCCUGAAGCUGAACGCGAUGUCAGACUCGAAAACCUGAAGCGCUCCCUUCCUGGCAUAACGAUAGAGGGCCACCUCGAGCCUGCCAGGUGCCUCCUUGAUGCCGUAGCGCGAAUAGAAGCGUCAAACCAGAUUGUGUACCUCGCGCCAGAGAAAUGCGUCUCGAGGUUGUACGAGGUGGCGCAAGCCAAGCCAAUCACGAAGCAAGUUGACAUCGAAGCCAGCAAAUUGGUUAUUAAGGAAGCUACUGACCCGGCGGAGGCGCCCACCCAUGGUGCCAUGGCAGUUUUUGAUGCCUUCAGGAGACGGGGGCUUGCACUUUGCUUCGCCAACCUCAUUCAUUGGCCUAACUAUGAGGGAUAUCUCAAUACCCUUUUUAACCACCUGCGCCGCGAAGCAAAACCUGGAUAUCUACGGUGCACAAUUCGCCAACUAGUCGAAGCCGACAGGCUAUGUUGGUCAAGGCUCAUCGAAAAGAAUGUUAAACCUCGGCCCAGCCCAGGUGAUCCUCUGCCUUUAGACUCCGAAAGCUACGAGGUCAGCUUCGAGUUAAUGCCCCUGCCCCAGCAGCCGCCUAAGCGCAAGGAGUCGUGGCCAGAUCGCCCCUCAAAGGCGGCUAAGGGUAAUGCAAAAGGCCAAGGCCAAGGCAAAGGAAAAGGCAGAGGUAAGUCAGCCUCUUGA